CGGUAAUGUCAAAGUCGAACGCAAAAUACAAAAGUUACGUCAAACAAAAUCCAAUGAUGUGAGAACACAAGAAACAGAAGUUCAUUAUCAUUUAUAGAACAAUGAAGUAAUAGAUAAUUUCUUAAAGAAAAAUACCUACAAUAUGGAAAGCGUUAAGAAUUUCUCGGUGUCUCUAAUUAAAGGUUUUAUAGAUAGCCUGAGAGGGGUGACAGUCUUGUUAUACUUGGAUAAGGAGAUCAACGAGAAGGCCUUGAGUCGGUCGCCCCACAAAGAUGCAGAGGGUAAACAAAAACAGAAAGCGCCCAAAGUUCAGCACUGGCUAGCAAUAAUCUUCGAGUGGUUUGCUAGUAGAGGUGUUACGGAGGUGAAGAAGUGUGUAUCAGAACCGGAUUCAGAACCAGAUUCAGAACCGGAAUUAGAUUUGAUUUAUGUGAAUUGGAAACAGAGGGAAUCAAAAGUACUUACUAGGGUAUUGCAGUCAUGCAUAUUAAACGGCUUUAUAUUCUUACUCAGUAUAUUAGUAUUUGAAUAUGUGUUGCUACCUUCAAUGAAGUACUUAGUAACGGUUGUGUUUGGUCACAAUCCUGGUGUGGCGCACAAUGUGUGGGGCUGGAUGCAGCCGUUCCUGUCCAUGACUUUCCGGAUGAUAUGGGUGCUGCCAUUGUUCCUAUUGAGCAAGCUGGUUAAUAGCUUGUGGUUCCAGGAUAUAGCUGACUCGGCCUACAGACACCGGCGCGGGCGGCCGCAGUUUAUGUCGAGUGUCAGCAAGAUCAUUGCCGACUCCUUGUUCAGCAUAUUGGUGCAAGCUUUAUUUCUAGUUCAGAGUAUGCUAGUCAGUAUGUUACCUAUCACAUACAUCGGGGAGCUCUUAUGCCUCGUUCACAUGUGCCUGCUGUACUCGCUGUACUCGUUUGAGUACAAGUGGUUCAACAUGGGCUGGGAGCUGCACAAGCGGCUCACGUUCAUCGAGACCAACUGGCCGUACUUCCUCGGGUUCGGGCUGCCGCUGGCGGUGCUCACGCAGAUACCUCACUCUUAUAUCAUAAGUGGAUGUGUGUUCUCUAUUUUCUUCCCGGUGUUCAUAUUGAGCGGCAAUGAAGCGACACCUGUUAUUGGAAGUGAGUACCCCCUACGUCUGUUUUCUCCAGUGGUGGCGAUCUCCAACGGGAUGUUCCGUUUCGUGCGGCAAGGGGCCGAGGCCGUCACACAGCGGAAUAGGUGAUCUUUAACCAUUUAGGGUUAACCUUUUGACCGAUGUCGUUUGUAAGCAGUGUUGGGAAGGGUAAAGCAUAGCAAAGAUUCAUUGGAUGUGUAAAAUCUGAGACGAGAAUUCCUGCUUCGAAGUUGACAGCUAAAUGUAGCGCUCCGUACAUUAUGCGAUAACGGGUCUCCCUCGCAAUCCCUAAUAACUUUUGUCCUAAAAUCACUUGCCCAAACCGUUUUGUCCCAACGGGUACUAAGCUCUAGUCUGAGGUUUAAAAAAAAAUAUUACUCAUAAGAAUUAAUUUACAACACUCAUUUGCCACAAUGUAAUGAUUUUUCUAAACGUUUUUGCUAAUCCUAAUCCUAAGUUUAUUAGCCAUAAUAUCAGGUUUUAUAAAAAAAAAACGUGUGACCUAUAAUUCCUUGGCAUAGACAUUUCGUCCUAAUUCUGCGGCUUCCAUGAACACGAACUGUUGCCAGAAAAGUCGGUUAAUUAGGUUAGGUUCGAACUCCGACCUCCGCGAAAAUGAACUGUUACCAGAAAAGUGGAUUAGGUUAGAACUGCGACAUCCACGAAAACAAACUGUUGCCAGAAAAGUGGGUUAAGUUAGAUUAGAAUUACGUUGCCCACGAAACCUGUUGUCUGAAAAUUAAAUUACAUUUUCUCAAGAUAACCUUUUUUGUAUAUUAGGACAAAUGAUCUUUAUGACAAAUUGCUGUUACGGAAUAAGGACAUGAAGAUAUUGUAAAUAAUAUUAGGGAAUGCAAAUAUAGGAGAAUUUUUUUAGCAAUCCCGAUCGAUCUACUACUAUAGGAUCUAUCCUGCGGUAACUUUGAUUGUCAAAAGUUGACGAUUGGCAGUUCAGUUACUACAAAACAUAUAGCGCUGUACAGCGCCAUCUUCUUUAGCUGUCAAACUCGGAGCACAAUUUUUUCUUAGACUAUUUACGUAUAUUACAAUCAUUGAAUCUUUGACCAUAGUUAGCAACAGGAGUAAGUAAUUAAAAAAAGGCAUAGACAGACUGCCGAGAUAACGCGACAGUGUCUGACUGCGCCACAAGUGUUCCGCUUUUACCAAAUUUAGUACGUAACACUAAAAAAACGUUAUUAUUAAAUAGAUAAAUAAAAAGUAGGUUCACUCAGUUUGAUCUACUUUUGAGUUGAGCAGGUGUCUGACCGGCAGCGAUCAGCGAGUAGUGAUAUAUGCUAGUUUUUUUUUUCUACGGGGUGAAUGUUUUAUCUUUGAAAUAAUUAAUAUGUGCAUCUUUUUUAUUUCCACGGCAUCUAAACUUUCAUGUACGUUUUAUGCACAAAAAAAUAGUCGAUCGCUACUCGCCUUCUCGCUGCCAUUCGGACAGCUAGCCAAGUCGUUAUUGUACCUAUAUUCAAAAAGGCUUGCUUGGAUUCAGCACUGGUUCUGAGCGGCAUUGCUUGUAGUAUACACGCAGGUUCAAUAGUUUACAUAAGGCUCGCUAUUCACUAUUUUGCUUGGCGUUCGAAACGUUAAUGCUAAUAAACUAAGGCUAAUGGCAACCUUUGUGUAACUUUUUGACAUCGUAGCACGUAGUGUUAGUAACUAUCAUAAUUCAUGAGAUAAUACUUAGAUUGGUGCUAGAUAAUUCUUUAGUAGUUUUGGUUUACGCAAAGUAGAACAUUGAAUAAUUAAAGUUACGAAGUCCAGAGGGACUUUUGGUAAGGUAAAGAAUUACCUUACCAAAAACUUGAAAAUAAAAGUUGUAGAUGUACAUCCGAUGUAUGAAAAAAUAGAUGCAUAUAUGUAACGUUGACCGACUGUUCACACUGCCAGUUAGAACUUUUUCUAAAAGAGAACAUAUACUUGCGAAAAAAAUACUCACCCGUACUCGCUUUUGUCUAACUAUCGGCGGCGGGACGGUUGCUUUAAAACACCUUACGGCUUACAUGUUAAAAUGUGCCAUUUUCAACCAAAAGGCUACUUAUUGUCGCUUGUCAGUAAGGCGCUAUUUCCAUAUAGCAUCAAUUAGAAAUCAACCUUAUCGACAAGCGACAAUGUGGUACCUUUUGGUUGAAAACGUCACAAAUAUGUAAUUUGGCCGCAGGGCACGCCAAUUCCAUUAACAUAUACUCCCUUUUUCGAUAGCCGGGUAAUUAUCAUAAAGACUUUGAUAUUAGUUUGAUCCUAACAAUAUUUCGCUUAAUAUAACGUGGUUAUGUCCUAUUCUCAAAUGCUCGUGGUUAAAAGGUUAAACAAAAUGUGCCGUAAUGACAAGGGAAAGGAUGCCAACAGUUGGCCAAAAACAUUUUGCGUGAUUUACUAUGUACAUACGUAUGUAUUAUGUUUAGUGAUGUAUCGGCGUUACAGGGUUAUGCUUGUACAGUGCUUUGUGUCAUAUUAUAUAGGUAACGGAAUAAGUACACUUAAGAUUGCUGGCUAAGUCAUGGUACAGUAUAAAAGUACUAUAUCUGACCAACUGUAGCCAGUAGAUUGAAAAAAAAAACAACAAUAUCACAAGUCACCCAAUUUCAUAUACUUAACCUUUUGACCGCCAAAGACGGUAAAUCACGUCGUCGACAUUUUGUGCCACUCACGCCGCCGACGUCAUUUGCCGUCCAAACUUAAUUUAUCAAAGACUCUUUAAUAAAUAACUAUAUUUCUUUGUUUGUAUUUGCAUUAUUUUAUUUUGCCCUUCUACUUUAUUGUAUAACUUUAUUACAAUUCAACUAUGAAUAGAAGGUUAAAAAAAACAACAUUAUGUUAUAAUACGACUUACCCAGUAAAUAGCAUAGCUAGCCACGCCAAAAACGGCACUUGACGUCGCCUAGUGAUGUGACCGAGUCAUGGAGGAAUAAUAUUAUUAUAUGAAAGUAACAAUCUCCUAAUAGAAAUCGUUUCGCGCAGUUCCGACAAACACGCUAGCGCCAUCAAUAAUAGAUAUGGCUUAAUCCCAUACAUUUUGUAAUAGGAGUCGUUUUUGCUAAAAUAACUGCUGUUUGUGCUGUUACGGUACUUGUUUUCGUGCUUAAUUUAAACAACUUGGUUUGAAAGACGGUACUGACCUUUUGUGAUAAUGUAACCCCUUAUGCAUUUAUUUUAUUGUAACGAUACUGCAGUUUGCUAAUUAGUAGGUAAUAAUAAUCGACAACGGGUUUGCACAUCUCUGAGUAACGCGCGCUUAUCAGUGUUCCGUGCGCCCAUGACGGCACUUCACGUCCGAUGCCUGACGUCACCACCAAGUAGUGAUGUGGCAUUAUUGAGAGAUUUGAGUGGAAGUUACAAGUACAUUUUGAUAUUUAAAUACGUUAUUUAAAGGUUUUUAGUAGAGCUAAAAGCCAGAAUUAUCUAAUAUUAUAUUGUAAAACACCUGUGUAGUGGUUCUUCUAAUCUAAGUAUGUCAAAAACGAAAUCAGUGAAAAUAUCGAUAUCCUGUUUUGUAAUCACUAUUGUUCUCUAAGGUUUUAUUUUGCUUCAUUGCGGUGUCACGUCGAGUUACGUCAAUGCUUGGCGUUCAAAAGGUUAAUUCGUAUUACAUAUUGUAACAUAACUAAACCCUAUUGUGAAGGCUGUUGGUUUUAGUUAUAAAUCACUGUGUAACCCUGUAAUUAAUAAAUAGUUCAUAAAAUUGUGAUACCUAGUGUUGUACAUGUGAUUAUAAUUUGUGUUCAUGUCUUUAGUAAGACGUUGGUGACCAUGUCUCGGAUAGUUUAUAUACAUUUCUUAAAACUUUAGGAAUGUUUUUUUAACUGGUUAUAUAUAAGUAUGUUUUAUUGUUCUAAUGUUUUUUUGACCAUGAACUACAAUUUUGUAUAUCCUAUUUAGGGAUAUAAAGCAAAUGUUAAAAAUGUAAACUGCAAACACGUGAAAUACCAAUUAGAUCCAUGGAUAUGGAUUAUGGGUUAUUUCCAUUUGUUCCACUGAGCUGAAAAUUCCUAAAGAAUUAUGUUUUAUUUAAACAAAAUAUGUUAGUUCUGUGGAACUCUGCCGAGGUACCCGAGGUGGAUUUAAAGGUUAUUUACAAAACUUGGCCUGCGCGCCCGUUUGCAAACAGUGUCCAAAUCAAUUUGAAGCAUGGUCCUUCUUAGAUUUUUUGUAAUUAAUGGUGCCAGGAUAUUAUAUUUCAUGUUUUUAUUGUUAUGAAUCGCGUACAUUAAGAUUUAUUCAUAGUUUUUAUAUGUAUAUUCUAAUCAUUCUCAUUUAUAUAUAUGCUUAAAAUUUAAUGUUAACUUUUACAUGACAUAACUUAUUAAAAUGGGACUGACU